CUCCGGACAGCGAAUGUCCUCCCUCCACGCCUAGGGUGGUGUGACUAGGGAAGGGGUUAUUGUUGCCGGAGCAUAGUUCGGUCAAAAGUUCUAACCGAAUAGCGUAUUGGCAGAGGCCAUGACUACUGCUCUUUGUACCGGCUGCAUUUCUGACUCAAUGGCUCCCAAAUGGCUCAGCCAUGUCGGUGAGCGAGCCACCACCACAGGGGGGGGGAAACAACCGUUGGAUCGAAUCUGUCGAUCGCCUGAUCGCUCAUUCAUGCAAGAGCUACCGCUGCUCGUGCCUCGAGCACCCGAGAUUUCUCUUGGGAUCAGCCCAGAUUGGCGUCACAGCUAGAACAUGGAUUCUUUUUUUGGGCCUGCGGCCCCUGCCUGGCAUUGAACAAUUGU